GCAAGCCGCUACAAUAAUUUAUUCAUUGAUUACAUCAGAGUAGGUGGUAGAUGGGUUGGUCAUUCUGAUCCAGACACUGUAUAAAUGAAAGGACAGAAAGGAGAGCAGAACAAACUUGAAACAGACUCGCUCAUGGCCAAUGAGACAGAGGAUCAGGAGACUCAAUACUGCUUCCCUGACAUCAACUCAUCAUGUGUGAAGGGGCUGCUCUCUAAUCAUGGAUAUAUCAUCACAUAUGUGUUUGCAUCAUUGCUGUCAGCAUGGACUGUGUUUCUGAACCUGCUGGUGAUCAUCUCCAUCUCUCACUUCAAGAAGCUUCACACUCCAACCAACAUGAUUAUUCUCUCUCUGGCUGUUACUGAUCUGUUUAUUGGAGUUGUCAUGCCUGUAGAGGCCAUCAGACUGAUUGAGACGUGUUGGUAUUUUGGAGACACUUUCUGUGCACUUUAUUUAUUAUUUGUUGAAUUACUUCUAUCAGCAUCUCUUAGUAAUUUAGUUUUAAUUGCUGUUGAUCGUUAUGUGGCUGUGUGUCACCCUUUACUGUAUCCACAGAAAAUAACCAUCACUAAAACACUAAUGAGUAUCUGUCUGAGCUGGGCUUGGCUCUUAGCUUAUAUCGUUGCCCCUGUAAUUAAUAGUAGACAUUUUUACACUUCACAUGGAACAGAUGAAUGUUAUGGAGAGUGUUUAGUCCUCAUCAGUUUUAGUUGGACAGUCACUGAUCUGUUCAUGUCUUUUAUUUUUCCUUGCACUGUGAUCAUAAUGUUAUAUUCAAGGAUAUUUUUUGUCGUUCAUCAGCAAGUGAAGGUUAUAAACUCUCUGAUGAAGGGUGGUAAAUGUGUAACAGAGGGUUCAGUGAAGAGGAAAUCUGAGAGUAAAGCUGCUCUGACUUUAGGAAUCAUUGUGACUGUUUAUCUGCUCUGCUGGAUUCCUUAUUAUAUCUGUUCUCUAACUGUUAUCUCUUCCACAAUUAUAAAUGUUUUAAUAUGGUUUUUGUAUGUUAACUCAGGUCUGAAUCCUCUGGUUUAUGCUUUAUUUUACCCCUGGUUUAAAAAGACAGCUAAACUCAUCUUAACUCUGAAAAUAUUUCAGCCGGCGUCCUCUCUGGUCAAUAUUUUUAAAGAUCAUUAGUUAUAAUCACUAGCAAAGCUGUCGCUAGUAUAAAAUUAAUUAUGUUUGUUUUCUCUUUGUAAUUUUCACCACUCAUGUCAUACAUUACUGCACAUAGCUUAUUUCAAGCUGUAAAUAACUUCUGAUGUACUGCUUGGAAAACAAAAUAGCAGCAGAACAAAAUUCACAGCAGUACAUCAUAAGUUACUUAGAGAUCAAACUUACAGGUUCAAAUAAGCUAUGUGUAGUAAUGUAUGACACAAGUGGUGUGAAAGUUGUGUCCUUUAUUAACUGUGUGAAUUAGGUAUGAGGGAGGCUGGUUGUAACUCCUUUAUGCUUAAUCCCAUAUAAUAGCAUUAAUACUAUUUAUAACUGUCAUGAAAACUGUGUUUGCAAGCAACAAACAUUGUUACCAAAAUCAUCAGUUCAUUGAUAAUGAACUUUAUAUCUGUUUUUUAAUCUAAAAUAACUUAUGUUGUGUUGUGUCUGAGAGUGGUGUGAGCAGAAUGAGGUCAGUGGAAUAAGUGAUAAGAAUCACCUGUGCAGCACAGCUGUCUCCAGCACAGCAAAUGGAAAUUUUACAUGCAAACUAAAUUAUUAGUUACAACCAAUCUAAGCCCGGUUUCACAGACAUAGGCUCAGAAUAAACCUGGAUCAGGCCAUAGUUCAAUUAGAACAUUUAAGUGUGUUUUUCUAAUAAAUAUGCCUUAGAAAAAAAAAAAAAAA